AUGGAUAAUGUUACAGUAGAUUUGGAAGCAGUAAUCGCUGGAAACAGAAGCUCCCUUUUGAUGCCUAGUGAUUCAGAUUUGAGCGUAAAUUAUACCAAAUUGGAAGAACAGGAUACACUGGAAGGCUUGUCGCAAAGACGCCUGUCGGAUCAGAGCAGACGACUUUCAGACGAAGUUGAUAAAUUCUUCGACGAAUCGCCGCCUAACUUACGAGGAAAAAACAGAGUAAACAGAAUGCGAGAAAGCUUGGCUUUAUUUAAGCGAUUAAACGAUG